AUGGGAAAUAUCAGCAGCAAACCAGACGAGGGGGCUGCUUUGUACCUGAGGGAUCAAACACGAUUUACGAUCGCGCAGCUGACCGUCAGCAAUUCUACUCAAAGCGUCAUACUCAACAUCACCCCCAAUGCAUUUCCAGCGGUGCGACUCACAGCAAAACGAGACCUAGGAGAUGAUACCCCGGUGAACUACGUGCAGGAUCCCGAAGCUUCCGUUCCGGCCUUUAUCCUGCAACUCCACUAUGAGGAUGAGUUGAGUUUCCGGUUCACGUUUGUAUCGAGGCAAACAGUUGCUGCACCAUUGAGCAGCUCACCCUCCGGAGUGGCGACUACCACAAACGUCGAUACGUCGAUAGCAGGCUUGACUUUUGCAUAUGCUUCCAACUACAGAGAUCUUGAUAAUCUUGUGACCAGAGAGUUCCAUGCAGACCCGAACUUACACAAGAACUCGAAUGUUCAACUGGUCGGCGACUAUUCUACAGAUGGCAGCCCAGCGGUGCAGUUUGAUUGGGCUUGGAAGUGGAGGCCACCGAAGCCGACUGAGGACAGAGGGGGCGGUUGGCGUAAUAGCUGCAGCUUCCUGGAAUACGACCAACGGGCGCAUCGUUUACAUACCCUCGCAUCCUUCUCUUUCUGGGUACAGAAUGCCCAGAGAGAUACCCAGCAGACAUCUCUCGUUUCGCCAGCUCUCGAAAUGUCCGUUCCACCUAGACUACGGGUCGCCUCUUCACAAUCAUACCAGUCCAAGAUCAGUGAAGGGGAGCCCUUCGGCUUCCAGCAGGACCCGCCGUCACCGGUUGAUCCAGUACCAGACCCUGGUGCCAAUGGAGCUCUUUCGGUAAUAAAUAGUGCGCCAGUGGUUGACGUUUCCUGUCAGCGUCCGGGUGAAGACAUGAGCGUCGUGGAAGACGGUCCACUUUUUCGCGCAACGAUGAAGUCCCUGGAGCAGAAGACAGGUAACAUGCGAACUCAAAUGAAGAAGGUCCUAAAGAAGGCCGAAGCUGCUCAGCAGGCACAGGUAGAAUGCAACCAGGCCAUGAAAGGCUUUUUGGCUGCUUUGAAGGAGGCUUCUGGGUCGAAUGCUAGCGCGAUCAAGCCAGCGCUGGAUCAUUACUUCAACCAGAUCGCACAGCAGAUUCUCCACUAUGAGACGCAAAACUCUGCACAUCUCCAAAAACAAAUCAUAGAACCGUUGUCAAAGCUUUAUAACCUAGACAUCAAGCAGGCAGAGGCCAAAAAGAAAGACUUUGAAGAUGAGAGUCGUGACUAUUAUGCAUACGUCAGUCGCUAUCUUGGUCAAAGGCAAGACUCCAUGAAGGACAAGAAGCGAACCGAGAGUGAUAAUAAAUAUCAAACAAAGAGACGCAAUUUCGAGCUGAAGAGGUUUGACUACUCGUCAUUCAUGACAGAUCUUCAUGGAGGACGGAAGGAACAAGAGCUGCUCUCUCAUCUGACACGGUAUGCAGAUGGUCAAGCCAAAUCAUUUCUUGCCACGGCGAAGAAGAUAGAAGAAAUGAGCCCGCAAUUGGAUGCUUUGGUCCGCGAAGUCAGCGAUGCGGACAAGGAAUACAAGUUUCAACGAACAGAACGUGAAGAGAAGCGGCGAACGCUGGAAAAAAGCACAGCAUCAUAUAACGAACCAGCAAACAAUCUUCAGUCUGUGUCAGAAGCAGCAGCCACUCCGUUGCAGAAUGGCUACAACUAUACCUCGGACUCAGAUCUCGGUCGAGCCGACAGUACUAGCUCUCAACUAACGCACAGCCUCAGUAACAAAUCUGGCAUCACUCUCUCUCCAAGUAAUUCUACGCUUGGCCCUCCACCUGGAAGUGCUUAUUCUACCUCACCUAGCAGUACAUUCUUUUCACCAGGUCAAAACCGGUUCAAGGGCAUCCGGGAUCUUGAGGAGCGGGAAAGCAACACCUCAACUUCGGAUAGGCCCGCUAGCGGCCAAUAUCGUAAAGAGGGCUUGCUAUGGGCACUCAGCCGACCAGGGUCGCACAUCGAUCCUAAAGGCAUCAACAAGCAGGCCUGGCAUAAAUUUUGGAUCGUGCUAGAUCAGGGACGAUUGUCCGAGUAUAGCAAUUGGAAGCAGAAACUGGACCUACACAUGGAACCCAUCGACCUUCGCAUGGCAUCUGUUAGAAUGGCACGAGAUGCAGACCGUCGCUUCUGCUUUGAGGUCAUCACACCCCAGUUCAAGAGGAUUUAUCAGGCAACUUCGGAGGAAGAUAUGAGUAAUUGGAUUACAGCCAUCAACAAUGCCCUUCAAAGCGCUUUUGAAAGUCGGGGGCUUUCCUCUACUCCCCAGACAAGUCAGCGUGACUCUUCUGGCCGGGAUAUCAGUUCAGCUCUCACCGGCAAAAGCUCUUCAUAUUCUGGCCAGCAUGGUUACCAUACGCGAGACUCCUCGAGCGUGAACAGAAGCAUCACGGUUGGUGCUCGUCCAUCUUAUAUGCGCACUAGCAGCAACAGUUUUGACGAGAACCCUUCGAAACUUCUUCAACAGAUUCGAAAUGCAGAUCAAGGUAACACCUGGUGUGCAGAUUGCGGCUCAAGCUCCAAAGUCGAAUGGGUAUCCAUAAAUCUUGGAAUAGUGUUGUGCAUCGAAUGCAGUGGGAUUCAUCGCUCUCUCGGCACCCACAUCUCCAAGGUUCGCUCGCUAACAUUGGACACCCUUUCAUUCACAAAUGAUAUUGUAGAGCUUUUACUACUCGUCGGCAACCGUGUUAGCAACAUGAUCUGGGAAGCAAGUCUUGACAGAAGCUUGAAGCCCUCUCCACAAUCGAACCGGGAGCAGAGGCUCAAAUUCAUCAAUGCUAAGUACAGUGAUCGAGCUUACGUCAUGCCUAUAUCAGGGUCUCAGUCUAGAUUUGCCACUCCUGAUGAAACUCUCCUUGCUUCAAUCAAGAAAAACGAUAUUCAAGGUGUUCUGUAUGGCAUCGCGUUAAAGGGCAACGUGAACGCCUGUGAUCGAUCGCGCAAUACGCAUGCAAUCUUUCUGGCUCUCGCAGCUGCGGACCCUGCUGCUCCGGGUUCUGCUGCACCUUCACCCUCGGUAUCGCCGAACAGCAAAGCAAGUCCGAGUCCAGGUAAACCGAAGGCAUUUCCAAUUGCUGAGCUUCUAGUGCAGAAUGGCGGCGAGAUCCCCUCUCAAAUGCCAGCCAUACCAUUAUCAGCAGCCGCUCAGCUGUACAUUGAGCAAAGAACAAGCCAUCCAUUCGCCAUCACAUCGCCCACAAGCGGCGAUACGUUGGCAGCGCUGCCUACAAUUCGAGGUGGCAGCACCAAUACUCUUGCAGGCAUUACGGAGAGGGAGAAUUCUAGAUCAUUAAAGCGAGGGAAUGCGGGAUCGCGAUUCACUUCAUUUGGCGACCGAUGA